UACAUCAAGUAUCACAGCGCAACAUUCAUAUGUAUCUGUUUAGUCUUCGAGUUGUGCUUGACUUAGUUGGUAGCUGUGUUUUGGUAACUCAUAGAAUUCUUUAAGAGUUUUCAAUGAAUUUUAUAUCAAGCCUGCUAAUUAUUUGUUUUAUAACAUAUAUAUCUGCGCAGAGAUUUAAUAGCGAAAAGUGUCCGAACGGAUAUAAAUACAUAUAUGUAAAUUCAGACAUUGGUUGGGUAGCACUUGGGUGGGCAUGGACAGGACAAACACAUAAAUUGCACAAUAUAACCCUUGAUGUGGAUUUUGCAACCGCAAAACUGAAGGAUACAUCAUAUUUGGGAGAAUUGAAGAUUAUAAAUUUUUAUUUCAUUAGACAAAGUGGAAAUGUUCAACAGUAUAAUAUAAUUUAUGAAAUAAAAUUCCCAAUUCAGGAUCCACUGCCGGUCAUAACUAGUGUUAUUCUUAAUGGUGACACACUAUGUGAUGAUUCCGGUAGUGCAUUUACACAGCAAAGGCCAGAAUUAGUGAAGUUAAAACUUAAUUAUAAUAACUAUAUAAAAGAACAAAAAUUUACAUCUGAACUGGUAACAAAGCCUGUCAGUCAUGUGGAAUCUUCUCCAUCAUCUAAUAACUUCGGAAGUUCAGACCAGAGUAGCAGCGACAGUGGCACAAUCGAAUGUGGAAAAGUGGAUUUGGUAAAUAUCUAUGUACCUCUAGUGCUGGAGGGAACGACAAUCCAAAGGGGUACAUGGCCGUGGUUAGUCUCCAUUUAUUCCUACUCAAAUCUGAGAUUAGGAUUUCGAUGUGGCGCCACAUUAAUAUCAAAUAAGCUAGUAGUAACAGCUGCUCAUUGCUUCUUCGAUAUCUACAAUCGACAAGUUAAAACUGACGACGUUUUAGCCAUUUUGGGGCAGUACAAUCUGAAAAGACCCCAAGAUCAGGGAACACAAAUUUUGUAUCCAGAAAGUGUGAAUAUUCAUCCACAUUACCGGAAACGUAACAAGAUAGACUCGGAUAUAGCUGUUGUUGUGUUUAUGGAACAUGUUCGCUUUACAUCAUAUAUUCGACCAGCUUGCUUAUGGAAGGAACCCGAUACCAAAGAGAGUAUUGUUGGUUUGAAAGGUUUUACAGCAGGAUGGGGUCGCGAUGAAGUUGGAAACUUCUUUACGGAGUUACCUAAACAAGCUGAAAUUCCGGUGGUUUCCGAUGAGACGUGCCUACGUUCCCAUGAAGCCUUUAACAAAAUCACCUCCGAAGUGACUUUCUGUGCUGGCUGGCGCAAUGGUACCGAAGGACCCUGCAAUGGAGACUCUGGAGGACCACUUGUCUUCGAUAGGGAUGGUCAUUGGACACUCAGGGGAGUUGUUUCUACGUCACUGUCUAAACCCGGUACCAACACAUGUAAUCUCGAUGAAUAUGUUGUCUUUACUGAUGUUGCUAAAUUCAAGGAUUGGAUCAUAAGUUUCGGAGAUGAUACAUACAACCUGUGAGACUUAGGUCACAUUGACCAAACAUUGAACUAUUUACAAUUAUUUUCCAUCUAGCAUUUUUUUUUAAUUUUAAAUUCAUCAUCAAUGUUCCAUACUUUGAUGAAGUUUUGAAUAUUUUAGUAAAUAUAUAAUUUUGAAAAAACAAACAAACAAAGUCCGUGUAAUUAAUAUUAUCUAAGUUUUAAUAAAUAAAUAAAUAUAGGAAAUAUUACAAUGAUUAUACCUGUGCAGGAUUGAGAGAAAUGGAAUGAGUAAUAAAGGACAUGAGAUGAGAAAAAAA